AUGAUGCUGGGCGACCUGGCGUCCCUGGAGGAGCCUCCUCCGGCGGCGGCCUCGGCGCUGCGGAGCGAGCUGGGCUCGCACCUGCACCUGCUGAAGGGGCUGAACGUGCGCUUCCGCAGCUUCCUGGCCAAGGUGCACGAGCUGGAGCGCCGCAAUCGCCUGCUGGAGAAACAGCUGCAGGCCGCGCAGGUGGGCGAGCGCGAGCGCCGCCUCCGCUACCGCCGCUUCCCCCGGCACCAGGCCGUGCAGACCGACCCGGAGCCGCCCCUCGGGCCUUCUUCCUUCGCCCCCUCCUCUUCCUCCUCGGCUCCUUCUGCUGCUGCUCCUUCGGCUUCUUCAUUUUCAUCCUCUUCCUCCUCCUCGGCUUCCUCCUACGGCCGCCUGCCCGGCACCAUCUGGAGCUACACGCAGGUGCGGCGGACGGGCGGAGGCGGCCUGGAGACCCUGCAGGGGCCCGGCGUCUCUUGGGUCCACCCGGACGGCGUGGGCGUCCAGAUCGACACCAUCACGCCCGAGAUCCGCGCCCUCUACAACGUCCUGGCCAAAGUCAAGCGCGAGAGGGACGACUACAAGGGCAGCCCUCCCCCCCUGCUGUCCUUCCCGCAGCCCAUGACCGACCUGGACUCAAAGAUCCAAGAGAAAGCCAUGAAAGUGGACAUGGACAUCUGCCGACGCAUUGAUAUCACAGCCAAGCUGUGCGAUGUAGCGCAGCAGCGCAACUCGGAAGACGUUUCCAAGAUAUUCCAGGUGAUUCAGCUGGAGAAGAUGCCUGUGCUAAAUUCCCCCUCGCCCAGCUCGCUCGCAAGCAGCGACUCGGGAAACACGGACGAGAUUCAAGACGACUUCGACCGAGAAGCAGAUGUGGAGCCCAUGGUCAGCUGAUGAAUGCCCAAAGCGUGGGGCGCAGGGGUUGUUGUUUGGGUGGGGGGGGAUUCUGCGGGACGGGGAGAACAGAAAAUUUUGAAGAAAAAAAAGAAACCUGGACAAAAGUUGAAACCUUUGCAGCAGGGGUGAUAAACAGGACUUCGGCGUCCUCGGCCGGCGUUCCCGGAGGCUCGGCCUCCCGCGUCAUCUCAGGAUUGGUGCUGUCAAAACUUUUGUACUGUUUCCGUCGACGACAAAUGUGACAAAAACUUUAAAAAAAACAAAACUGCAGUUCUACCUGUGCCUUCGCCCCCAGGCUGUGGGCCCAACCAAGCUCCUACUACGGCACGCCCACCUGCUUCGGACGGAAGGCAAGCCCCUGGGGAUGGGAGCCUCUGGCGCCUGGGUGGGAGGGGAUCCCGAGGCCCAACCGUCCUUCUUUUGAUGCCCAGGGUGGCCGACCCAGAGAGCCUGGGUAGAAGGUAAAGGCAGGGCAGGGCAAGGCCAGAAGGAGACCGCAGGGUGAGAAGGUCGCAGUUUUUAACUACUAUGCAAACAAAAAAAGAGCAAAAUGCUUUGCUUGCCUUAUUUCCGUGGCACGUUUUGGGCCUCUGCUGGGCUCAAGGUCCCUCUCCCGAGUGGCACCCCUGACCCGGUCUUGGGGGUGGGGGCUUUGUCCGGUUCUGCUUGGUGAAGGUCUGUAUGCCGCCUUGGCAUGGCUGGAGGGCUGUGUCUUUUUUUUUUUCCUGCUGCUUCCCCCGAGUGCCGGGCGUGUGUUCCCUGGCCUCGGGGGCUUCAAGAGAUGAGGAGGGAAGCCAUGGGUGGGUGCGUGCAGGCUGGGGAGCCCCCAGAGCAUGGCUCUGGCAGCUGCCUGGCACCCGAGAUGCCCUCGUGUGUUUCCGUUCCAGUGACGCUAAGUAUUCUCUGGGGAGGGAGGGUGUUUGUGCCUGCCAUUUAGGAGAGGUUGGCGCAUCACACAACUGGAAAGGGAGGCAACCCUCUCCUCCCCCCUUCCCUUUUUUUCUCACUGUCCCUUACUAAUGUUUGGUGGUGGCACUGUGUAUAUCCCACUGGCUGGCCAAUUAAUUGCUUAGCUUCUGUGGGCGGCUGGCUUUUAGUGUGAAUGGUGGUGGGAUGAGGAUCGGUUUGGGAGACCCCCAUCCACACCCAAGGCCAGCUGGCAGUCCUCCUCCAGCUGAGCCUCCUCUUGUUCUGUGCUGAAACCCCUCCAAGGGGGAGGGGUGUGGCUUCUGCCCUGUGCAAAAGGCCGCUGUGGAGAGAGAGAGAGAGAGAGAAUGAGAUACGCACACAGAGAGACGGAGAGAAUGAGAGACAGAAUAAGAGAGA